GAAACGAGAUUUGAGAUAUGUAAAAUAUAUAAUUACCUACAACUGUGAUCAAUCAAAAAUGUGAAUUUUAUGACUUAUUUGACACGAAAGUGUAUACACGUACGACAACUGACUGUUUGUAUGUUAAACAUACUUGUGAAAAAUAUACAUGGAAGUAUUCUAGUACCUACCCGAGGUUAGGGUCUCACAAUCAUAGUCAUAUCAAAAUGGAUUAGAUUUGUUAUACAUUCGGAGUAAUCAAAACUUGAUUUUUCCGGGAGACUUGACAGCUUUUUGUGUGGAAAUUAUCCAAUUUAAACAAAUUGUAGCGAAUUUAAUUUUCAACAAUGAGCGGAUUUCUGAAGUAUAUUUGUUUGUUCAAUCAAAAGGAAAGAUAUUCUCCAUUAUGGAGUGUAAAUAAUUUUCAAUUUAAGAGGGAUGGAAAGCACAACGAGGAAAUAUGUGCUCUACAUAACUCUGAAUCUUCCCUGAGUCACAUUGGAAGUAUGGAGACGCUGAUCGAUGCGCCAUCUAUAGCAGAAGACAAUCCAGAGGUUAUGUUAGAUUUCCUUACAAUGCAGAGUUUAAGAGACAGAUAUAAUGAGAAAGACCUGUUUGAGGUAGAGUUAACGGCACAAUAUGUUAACGAACAGGACUUUGAUAACUAUGUCAGAGAAUUUGUCAUUGAUGAUGCUAUCUCCGAAUGUUUCGCUGCCUCUGAAGACUCAAGUCCUAUAUUUUCAUUUCCGUUUCAGAAAUCGUCUAAUUCACCUGCAAAACAGAACCGCUUGAAAAAGAAACUUGUCCACAAGUCGCCUCAAGAGGAAAUGAUACUAAGUGAUGAGGAUUCAAGGUCAAGUGAUUCAAAAAGGUCAAAGUUGAUCGGUAAUAUUUUCAACCGGAAGCAGAAGGGUAAGGAGAAUAUGAAACCGAUCAAAGAACCAGAUCCAAAAGAAAACGGUGACAUUACAGGAGCAAUAAUCGAUGCUUGUGAGCAUAUUACAAAUACAUAUAAACAGCCUACAGGGAAACCAGACUCUACUAUAAGUGAGAAAUCACCAAAAAAAGACUCAAAUAAAAAUCAGGGAAUAGUUAAAAAUGGCAGCAUAAUUAAAGAAAGUGAUAAUGUUAGUCGUAGGACCAGUGUUGGUAAUCGGUCACGUGACAGUAGUUCUUCUCGGCGUCUACCUCCGGUUCCAUCCGAUUCCAGCCGAUCAGAAAAUUCUAUGCCGAGGAGAAAACACUCGACUGCUUCGUCUACGGGUACUUCAAGAAGGACACCAAAAAAGUCGGAAACACUUAUUGAUGAACUGUUGUCAAAGAGCGAUGCUGAUUUGGCGUCCACUUUAAACGGUAUGUCAUAUGAUUCUUUGAGAAAAACAAGGGACCGAAUGGGUGACACGGUACUACACAGAUGUGUCAAGGAAGAUAAAACUACCUCAACUAAAACAUUGUCUACUAAAUAUCCUCAGAUGUGUUCAGAACUAAACAACGACCGGUUGUCUCCAUUAGAAUACUCAGUGAAGCUUGGCAAAUGUGAUUGUAUGCUGAUUUUACUUGAAAAAUCUCGUUCGGACGGAGUACUUGAAUCUCUAACAGUGCCCCGACUACUUAAUAUGGCAGCUCAGUAUGAUCAGUCGGAAUGUUUGGAAUCUUUGCUGAAUUUACUACCUAAAGGAGAGGGCAAUCCCCUGGAACUACCUCCAGACAGUCUUGGUAAUACGGCUGCUCACGAAGCUACCAGUAAAGGUCAUCUCCGGUGUUUACAGAUCUUGUUGGAUAAUGGAUAUGAUGUUUGGUCCAAGAAUUCAGAAGGAUUAUGUCCUAUACAGCUUGCCAUACAUAAUCACCACACGGAAUGUUACGGGUUCAUGUUAUUAUUUGAAAGUUCUCGAUGUCUUGCAAGUGAAGCUGCGCACCAGUACAAUAAAGCAGUCAGGUUAAGAAAUUCUAAGAUGUCAAACUACGACGCUUUUGUUAUGAUUGAAUCCCAACUCUCAAGGUACCAGGAACAGUUGAAUGAAGCCAUGAGGUCCACGCUGGAGAGUCAGGAGAAUAUCUUAGUAACUCUAGACUGUAUAUACGACCAGCUAGCUGCAGUAUUGGCUUCAAUGGAUGAUGCAUCAGAAUUAACUUGCCAUUUAGAAACUAUAAAGGGUGAAUCGGAACGCUUGCAAGAUCUGUUUGACUUUUCGGUUAUUGCAAACGCUAACAGUAUGCUGUCUAGAUUGUUAACCGACUUUCGAGAGGUACUGAAAGAUGCGGAUGGGAAGGAAAUCAAAGACGGUACUCCUGAUAAAAAGCCGUACAUCAAUUUUCGAGCUUCAUAUAAGGAUAUGAUAAAAAUUGUAGAGCAUGAUAAAGGUGAAAAUUUUGAAACGAAGGUACAAAAGCAUAUGCAGACAUUUAUAGAUAAAUAUAAGCUACCAGAACAGCAAUUUUCAGAUAAGGAAAGUACAUCUAAUUCUAGUAGUUCUACAAGUAACAGAACGUUUACUAUUACUAAAAAGUCUUUAAAAUUACCGUCGUUUACCAUAGACACUACGCAUCAUGAGCUACCUCAAAACAACCAUGACAAUAGUAAUAAAGAAGAGAACACACAAAAAUCACCGUCCAAACUGAAAAGAGGUAAUACAAAAACCAAAAGUCUCAAAGGUCGAUCUCCAUCACAACAUAAAAGUGAAGUGGUAAAAACAGCACAGCCCGAUGAUAAAAGUCCAAAAGAUGGGAGAAAAGAAAAUAGAAAUCAUAGUCAACGUUAUAAUGACGAUAGAAAUAAUAUUGUUAGUCAUGCAAUGUCGUCGCCGGAGGUUCCAUUAUUGGAAAGCCCUAGUGCAACAGAAUCUGUUUACUCAUCAACUCUAACCUCAGAUCAAACUGUCACAGAUCAGUUUUCUGACUGGACUUCAAGAACCGAAACACUCCGAAGAGAAUCAUGUGAUUCCGGUUCUGAAUGGUGGCAAGAAAACAACGGUUACUAUAAUGAAGAAGAAGACGAUAUUGAUGACGGUCACAGUCGAGUGCGUCUAAAUGUUGAUAAUGAGGACUUGCCUGAUGAAAUGUUGCGUCAACACCGUCUGAACCAACAUUUAAAAUCAGUAGAGAAGAUAAACGCACAUAGAACAGACGUCAUUGAAACUGUAAUAACAGCUUCAGGUAGACAGCUUGGUCGUUCUAAUCCAUCUAAAGUACCGAAGCCAGCUCCAAGACCGUCUUUGAAUAAGGAACAACCGAAAUAUAACAAGGAAUCCAAACGAGGGACAAGCAUUUUUAGCAAGAUCAAAAAUAAAAGCAAAGUGAAACUAUUUAGUGCAGAGGACGUUGGUCCCUCACGUGAGAUAAGUCAAUCGGAGUUCUUGGAAAGUUAUGAUCGUUCACGUGAUGGGGCAAAAAAUGAUUUGAAGUGGGACGAAGUUUCACUUACAGACGGAGAAGAGUACAAAACAAAUGAAAAGCCAUGGUAUGAAAUGUCAGAAGAUGAAGAAAGCCUAUUACAAGGUUGGAAAACGGACGAUGAAGAUGAAAAUGCGAGGGAUUUCGGAAAUCUUUGAUUUUGAAUCUAUUAGUAUAUAAACAGUCAGAAUGAAUCUCUAACCGUGGAACGCAGCAUUAUCAAAAUAAGUACAAACAAUAAUAGUGAUAUCAAAUCUUAGUUGUUUUUUUUUAUAUUACACUCAGGGGCAACAUACCGUUGCGAAAACAGGGACAUAUUUACAAAAUUACAUUUGCAUACAAUAUCAAUAUCAUUAUCCAUUGUUAUCUGUGUAGAUAUCUAUCAAAAUGUGUUAAAAUGAGUAUUAUAACGUAAUUAGUUAUGUAAUGUUGUAUGGUUAUUAUUGAUUAUGUUGACUGAUUAUAAAUUAUUUAAAUUUAA